UUAGCACUUCUGUUGAACUAAAUGGCCGUACACAAAGUUCAAUCCGUACUAAAUAUUCUUUUUACGGAAAUAUAACGAUUGAAUUAGUUUAAAGUAGGAAGGAAUGUAAACGAUACGUAACCAUUUUGAAGAGCAGCAAACGGAGCAUUCACCAAAUUAGAAAACGAUUCCGCUUUGACGUUAGAGACGUCAUAAGGUCAGUUGUGUUGCUUUUAUGUACAUAUGUGUGCGUGUUCGUAUCUUUUUAACGAAUUUGUAAACAUCAGCAAGAGAAUUUUUUAUUUGAUAUUAAUCGCACGAUAAUCGGAGUCGUUGCUUCCUCUUUCAACACAACGUUUGGAGGAAUUUUACAAUGUGCUGGGAGUCCCGUUAAUAAUUUUAUAAUGGAUGAAAGAAGUCGUUAUGAAAAAUUGUCUAUUAGGGAAUCAGCUAGGUCUUUGAAGAGGUAUGGAAGUACAAAUAAGCAUACUAUUCGAGAGAACUAUAUAAAACAUAUCAUCUCACCUGGAGAUACACUACAAGGGAUUGCUUUAAAAUAUGGUGUCACUAUGGAACAAAUUCGCAGAGCUAAUCGCUUGUGGACUAGUGAUAGCUUAUUCUUAAGAGAACAUUUAUUGAUACCAGAAACAGAAAAUAAUAGUAUAUACGAAAAAUCAGAUAAUUUAAAUAAUAUUCUUCCUACCAGCACGCCAACCUCUCCAGAUUUAUAUGAAAAUACCAAUGAUUUCUUAGGAAAAAUUGAUGCUGCUAUUGCUACUACAAAAGAAGAUUUGAAAAGGGUCCAGAAAAACAGCAAGAUAUCCCAAGAUAUAAAUGGUUAUGGAAUCUCGAAUGAAUCAUCAAGCGAUAAAAGAAAUACUAUUGCCCCUACAAGAACAGUAGUUGCUCAAGAUCACAAAAUUAGAACCUCAAUGAAAAGACACGAAUGGCAACAAGAGGAACUUUUCGAAUUAUAAGAUUAACAAAAAAAAUACUAAUGUAAUAUCUCAAUAACGUAAAAGAAAUAUAGAUUAAUUUGCAAUACCUUAAA